AUGGAGACGACCAAGCUCCCUCCGUCCAGCCCGUCCUCGCCGACCACCAGCUUCUCGGUGCCGUCCGCGGAGAAAGUGGAUGGCUUCCCGCGGAGGUCUAUGCGCAGAGCCCGGCAGAGGAGGUCCCACAGCUCGUCCCAAUUCCGUUACCAGAGCUCCCAGGUGGAGCUCACCCCACUGCCUCUGCUCAAAGGUGAGCCACAUGCUUUGAUUAAGCUGCAGGUGAAGCCAUAUCACAUUAGCAGGCCUACUUUAUGGAUUGAACAGACCAGCAUAAAUCGACUAUCUAAACUGGUAUAAAUCACCCUACAUGAAAGUUAAAGACACCACCUUUCUUUACAUAACACUCUCACUGAUCAGCUGGAGGGGUGGGGACGGGGGUGAUGUAUUCAUAUUGUCUAUUGAUAGUUGUUCACUGAUUAUUAGUCCUUGUCCUUUGUGGCCGAUUCAAGGUGAUACCAAUAGUGUUGAAUUGUUGACUGAUGGUAGGAUAGGAGCCAGUCUGCUUGAGGUGUCCCAUUAAAGACCUAAAUAUUCAGAUUUUGGAUAACAAGAAGCUGUUUUCAUCAUCAAUGUACUAUUUGUCUCUUGAAUGAUGGAAAAUAUAAGAAAAAGUACCUAGAUGUCCCCCAUCCAUCAUGCCAAACCUCAAAGAACUUGAUUUAAAAAAUGACCAAUUCUAUUAUUGAUCAUUGAAAGAUAGUUUUUCACACAUUUUUUGCAACUAGACCUAAACUCGCCUAAUAAUUCAUCAAUUUAAGGUCUGUUCUGCAGGGUAUUAGCCUAAUAUUAAAGGUUAGUAAACUUCAAAGCUGCUGAGGAUAAAGAAAACAAACUGCAAAAGGGAUGAGACUUUUUUCUUUUAAAAUUGUGCAAAUUUCUCGCAGUAAUUAUUAACUUAACAUGCUGUUCAGAGGGGAUGAUUUUGGACUAUUUCUUGCACUGAAGCUCAUCCAGUUAUGCAAGUUACAGUGCUUUCUUUCCUUAAGAGCAUAAACUGCAGCUGAGAUUUAUUCUGUCAAAGCUUUCAAGUUCAAAUGUAUCCAUGCAAAGUCGUUUAGGAUGAUGUAGGACACUUAGAAACUCAUUAGAGGACUGUACUAUCAAACAAAUGCUCCUUUUAUUUGUUUAUGUGAGAGGAAUCCUUCCACUGUUGAGAAGGGUAAAAGCUCCCCCAACCUUCAAGCUAAAAUACAUAAAACACAAAACAUACUUGUGCAAAUUAAAGCAGUGUAAAAUCUUUGACAUUCAGACUAGUGAAACAGCCCACAUUGAGGCAGUCUGAGCUGAACUUUCUAAAGGUCUCCUUUGCUAUAGCUCCAACCCCAGAGCUACUAGUACUACACAGAGACCACUUUGAUGUUGGAGAGCCUGUUCAAUAUCUGCUCAGAAUGAAAGCAGGAGGUUACAAAGACAUAGAACCCAUUUGCUUUGGAUUUAUGCUGUUCUGCUGUCUGUAUUUUCUAACGACUAACCAGCUCAACCAGCAGAUAUGUGGGACUCUGGAUAUGAACUACCUUCCUCAGGGUUGAGACACCUAUGUUGAUAAAGAAUCAAAAUAAGUUAUUAUUGAAUGAGAAAAUAUACAGAGGUUUAGGUUAGGGCUGGGCGAUAAACCGAAAAUUUACUGAAAUUCACAACAAUAAUCAACAUCAUUUUACCAAUGUCAAUAUAUUUGGUUUAAAAAAUAUAGAGAAAUAAAAGUUGGUUUUGGAUGUGUGUAGGUAGGCUAUGGUCUCAUGUCCCUUUAAGACGCUGUCCUACAUCGGGGACAUGACUCCCCCCAUCCAGUCCAUAACAAAGAGGGAAAGAAAGGUGAAGAGAUGGAGGACGGUUCAAGAGCGGCGGCUGAAGUAGAAGUUAAUGUGGGAGGGGGUGAGCAACUUCUGGAGUAGUUAUCAUCCAUUUAUCAUUAUCAAGGUGAACUGCUCAAUAUAUCGUGAUAUUAAUUUGAAGUCAUAUUGCCCAGCCCUACUCUAAGUGAUUCAGAAAUAUCUUUUUAAAUAUUACCAUUUGUCACUAUUUUGUGUUUAAAAUAUUAUAAACUGAAUGUCUUCAGCUUUAGAUGGCUCUAAAAGUAGCCUGAGAAAUAUGUCCCUUCUCUGUCUUGACGAUUAAUCCAUGAAAAGUAAAGAAACAACAGAAAACCUGACAAAAAAUUUAUAGCACAAUUGACAUCAAAGCUCCUGCGAGGAAGUUUGAGUUUGUUAUGAAACAGUCUUAAAUAGAUACUGAUGUCUCUUUGUGUGCCACAAAGCAAACAAGACCAGCAGCAAAAAGAUUAAGACAAAGUUAUUUUCAAUGCCUGAAAAUGUUGCUGCGGGCCAGAUUUCAGAUGAAUAACAGCACACUGCUUUCUUUGGAGAAGACUGUAAAACUACUGAUUGUUAAAGGAAUAGUUAAAGGUCAUUCAAGAUCGUUAAAGGUUAGAUUUUAUUCAUUCUCUAAGGCCUGACUUGAUCAUGAAUGACUAUGAUGACCGGUGGUAAUGGACAGAGGAAGAUCAGGUGGAUGUCUGAAGACUGCUUCAAACUACAUGACUUUAAUGAUGGUUUUGUUAGCGGGUUAUGAUGUUGUUGGAAAGAGUUAAAUUCAUUCAAGUAGCUGAUUACUUUUAUUAGAUCAUCACUUUGUAUCAGAUGGAGAUGAAAUGAUGAUGUCUUUUUAAUUUCAUGGCUGUUUUUCUAAGUUUCUCUCUCGUAUAAAUGCGCUGAUAACACAGUUAAACAGCUGUUACACUUUCUAAACAAAGCACUGGUGGCAUUACAAGCUUUGAACACACUAGUUUUCACACAAGUUCCAACAAAAGUUCACCAAAGUAGUCCAUCUGUAGAAGGUUAACCAUAUACUAAUUCCCCAAAAAGAGGAGUUGGGGUGGAGUUGUGCACGUGUAAAAUUUGGAGGUUUUUCGUGUUGGGUUGAGUGUUUUUUACAUGCUUCAAUCUCAGUUAAACGCGUAUUCCAAAUGAACAAUUGAUCGUGUAUGGCAAAUAUAAUGGUCUGUGAUGCGAAGAUAAAGUACAUGCUACACAAACUCAAAGCUAUGGAAGCCCGUUUCCCCCAGUGGAAAAAAAAGGUGAGAUAAAAUAUCUUUUUUUUAAUCUUAAAAAAAAAAAGAAAAAGAGAGAGACAUUGUAUCUCAUCUUUUUUCUUUUUCACUGGUGGAAAUGGGCUUCUGUUAAAAACCCCAUACAUUUGACAGAUUUUAUACACUCCCCCCUGGACAGCCCACCAAAAGAGGACAUGUCCAGGUAAAAGAGGACAUAUGGUCACCCUAAUCUGUAGUGACUAGCUGCGUUCAUCGGCUAAUGCUUGCAAACCUUGAUGUUUUGUGUUACCUUCAUUACAGAUUCACUUUACUUCUACUUCAGUGCUGCUCCUGCGCAGCUGGGUUUUUAGCAUGUUCAGCACAUUCCCUGUAACACAUAAAAGCGAGUAUACAUCAAAGACAGCUUGCUCAAUCAUUUCCUUUGGUUUUCACUGUGAGAAAGACGUCCAUUCCUCCAUGUUCUUUCAGUUUUCCUAUAUUUGCUUUCUGUACAACUGCACCAUUUGUAUUUACUCAUCUACACCUCCUUUUCUCCUUAUCAUCUUUCAUUUUUGUGCGUGUGUGCAGCACAAAGACACAUUGUAAGUCCUCAUAGAUGCCUUUGACCCCUCUUUUAUGAGGUUACUCACCAUUUCAUGUAGCCUGCAAUCUCUCCCCCAUUUACCCUCUAUGAAGAAAAGACCUCUCUGCUUUCAGAGAUGGUGCAAAGAGCGCGCAGCUGUAUGAAUGCUCUGAUGUGUUUUUACAUCUCAUUUACCCUGCUACAACUUCCUCUCGGGCCUUUAAGUGAGGGGUGUGUGCAGUAUGGUGGUGGCGGGUUUUCACUGCAGCGGUGCUCUACCUUUCAGACUUUGCUGUCUGUACCUGCUGUGGACUUACAGACAGAAGUCCCAGUUAUCACAUGUCUGCUGCACCGCUGCGGCACUCAGUCUGGAUCCCCAGGAGGAAGUGAUAGUAAGAUUUUGCAGCACCGGUGCAGGAGAAAAGCCUGUUGUAGGGAUGUCUGAAACGGUAUAUAGGCCAAGUGUAGACAGACUUGUGGGUGUCUAACCCUCCAGAGAAUCACACUCCCGUUGUUAAUUUGAACUCCUCCUCUUGUUAAGAAUAGCACAACUCUUCUACUUUAAACCCAGUGUAAAUAAAAUAUUGUUCCUUACUCAAAGUUUAAGUCACAGAAUGAGAUAAAAUAAAAAGACAGGUUGGAAAAUUGUAAGCGGCAUUUGAGGCUAAAUCCACGCUGAAACACUUGGACACCUUCCAGAAACAGCUCCCACUGAUGAGUGUUGCCUCUCGUGGGUUGGUUUUGUUGUUUGCUGCAUCAUUGUCACAUUGUCAGCGCUUACACGUCAGUUUGACAGCAAGGUAUGCAUAAAAUGAACAAAAAAAGAACAUCUCUAAAUAUCAGCGAAUAGAAAAACUUUUAUUAUUUUGGACCAAAUUGGGGAGAAUCCACUCUAGAGAGCGAAGCAGAGAUGAAGAUUCCUGGUCAGGAUUAAUCAGAAUGAAGUGGAUUCACAUCUUACAUCUCUGUUCUUGAUGUGUGUUGUAAAUGACCACAUCAGGUUAGUCAGUGUAUGGAAGCAAAGGCAAUUUAAUCGGUCAGUUCCUGAGACUAAUGGUGGACUAAAUUUAACACCGCCUUUUGUAGUAUUUUUCAUGCUUAAGUUCAACUCCAGCACAGGAAGUAAAUGUUGAGAGCUCUUUUGUAGCGUAGGGUCAAGAAAUCAAGAGAGCAGAGUGGGUGUUAAGUGUUUCACAUUUUUACAAUGUUGAUUUCAAACUUUUUACUUGUGAUUUGGCAUUUAAUAUUAAUACACUGCUGAUAGGACUGUUAGAUCAUAAACAACCUGUGUACUCACAUUUUUAUUGUUUUUAUGUCAGAUAUGUAUUUUCAAAGAGUUUUAGGAACAGCUUGUGGACUUCCUACCAGUUUAAAAAAUGAACAAAAUCUUUGAACUUGCAUCAAAUUUUCUGUACGUUUUGUACGUCAGAUUUUUAUUCAACUUAAGGUCCUUUCACACCGGGACCGUUUUUUAUGUGUGAUUAUUUCGGAUGUCAAUAUUUUUUUUUUAACCCGUAUCCUGUCAAUACAAGUGUUCACAUCAGCGACAUUUUCCCGUUCUGCGAUAUUGCGGCAAUUAUUUUUUCGGAUCAUGGUUGAUUUUUCUAAAGUUUCACAUACUGUGUGUCCACUUCUGACCAAUCAGAUCGCGCGUUGUUGCGACGUCAGAUUCACCUGUAUAUCCAACAUGGCCGACUGGCUGAGUGUUUACGUGUUGGAGAACAGAGUGCUUUUUGAUAAAAAAACACAAAUAUUCCAAAGAUAACGACCUGAAGGACAACAUAGCGCCGGAUCUCUCAUAUAACGUCUUUGUUUUAACUUUCAUCUGUGCUAACGUAAGCUAACGGUUGUUACCAUAGUUUCAUGUGCUUAUCUUAUGGCCUCUCAUUGGCUAUAAAUGCUGACCGUUUGGCUUAAGAAUGUUAUGACUUUUCCCCGGCAAAAGUCUUCCCCUGGAUGCAUCUUUUUUCCCCCCGGAAAGUCGCAAAAUCGCAUCGGGCUUGAAGUUAGUCAGGCGCGUCAAAAUUCGCCUCUGGAUAUUUCGUACUUUUGCGUUCUAUAUUCGUGUCAGCCCCGGUGUGUAAGGACUAGGGUGACCAUAUUCUGACUUCCCAAAAAUAGGACAUGACUAUGUGGGAGGCAGUGUCACAGAGCCGCAAAAAGUUAAUUUUGAGAGUUUUCGGUUCAAUCGUGUGUCUUUUACGCGCUCCUAACUCAGUAAUUCCACGUGACACAAACUCAAAACUUACAUACAAAACCACAGACGUUUGAAGGAUUUUAUAAACUUCCCCGGACAAAGCCGCAAACCUGAACAGCCCCCCAAAAAGAGGACAUGUCCAGGUAAAAGAGGACAUAUGGUCACCCUAACUUAAGCAGUCUACUGUUAUAUUAGUAAACUACCUAACAGAUGCAUCGCUGAAUUAAGCUUUGACUUUUAUUGAUGUUCUCUACCUGACCUAACCUCUGAGUCUACCUGGGGACCUCCUGAAAGGAUUUAGCAUUGUGUCUUUAGCGUGUUAAAUGUGGAAUGUUAUAAAUAUAUUUGUUCUAGAGUAGAUUAGUAGAAGUUUCAGUGAUUAGAUAAACUGUCACAGAUGACGCUGAAAACCACUGAGGUGACCUGAUGAGCUAGGAGUGUCAAUUUGAACACUUUUAAAAGAUACUUUUAGAGUGGAUUUGAUGGUCGUUGCGCUUUUUCAUGCCUCAAACAGUGAUGCAGAAUGGAUGUGAAUUUACAUUAAGUUUUUCCUUUUGGGUCUCUUAUUUAUCGACAUAAUGCCUGUUUGAUAUGGGAAGAGUUAAACUACUAAAAACUGUCAACCUGAUCAAACUGAAAACCUGCUUGUGAGAAAGAGAGAUACAGUAGAUCACUGCCAUUUUCAUUACAAGCUAUUUCAAGUGGUUUCCUAUUUUUACUGUUUCAGUGUGACUGGAGAAAGAUGGAGCUUUGAUGUAACUACUGCUGAACGUUUUCAGACAGGUCCCCAAAUGAGACGAUGAUUAAGUCACAGUGAGGCACCGGGGCUCGAUAAACUCUGAGUUUCUCUGGGACCCAGGAAAAUUAAAAUGUGGAAUAUCUGCAGUCACUGCUGCCAGAUUUGGUAACAGAAAUAUUUUCAAACAUUUAAAAAAAAAAUCUCUACUUCCACAAUAUAUCUGUGCUGUCUGACAGUCAAAUUAGAUAACAGAGUAUGUUUGUCUAAGGAUGGUGGCCAGUAAAGAUGGUGCUGGGAGUUAAUGGUUCUGGAAAGAAGCCCAGCUUGGCUGUUUUCUCCUUUCUGUUUCCAUUUGUAUAGAAUUGUCUCACACUGCACUCAGCCAAAAUAUGCCUGUUUGUUUAUCUAUCUAUCUAUCUAUCUAUCUAUCUAUCUAUCUAUCUAUCUAUCUAUCUAUCUAUCUAUCUAUCUAUCUAUCUAUCUAUCUAUCUAUCUAUCUAUCUAUCUAUCUAUCUAUCUAUUCUAUCUAAUCUAUCCUCUCUUAUCAUAUCUAUUUUAUCUGUCAUAAUCUGAUAAUAAAAUUUAGCGGAGUAAAAUUCCUUUUUUUACUGGCUAAGACAUGUGUGAUUCAAGGAAAUCUGCACCAAUGAGCUGUAUUCCGUGUAGCUGAUUAUGUAUCGUGUCAUUUUUUUCUAGAUGUAUCACUGUUAGGGAUAUUGAGUUGGUCCUCGGCUUUCUUCUAGUUCUCCUCCUCUCAGGUCUUGAAUUUCACUGCAGUUAUCUGUCUGACCGAAGAGCAGGCUGUUGGCCCAACCCUCCUCCCCAGCUGUGAUGCUCUCCCCUGGGGCCACAGACACCAGUCAAGCCUCCCGAUCACGAGUGUUGUGCUGUAGCUGGCAGGCUAACCAAACAAAGGUCACACUGCUGCCACACAUGUAGUCAGCAGAUAGAAAUACCUGCUAGGAUUUAUGUCUUAUCCACAUACCAAAGCCCGUUUUCCAGACUGUUUUUUUUCUGUUAGCAAAGAAUAAUACUAUUAUAUGUGUCGUUGAGAAUGUAACAGCAGAGCAAAGCAAAAUUACACUCUUUCUUUGACCUUGAGAUGUGCUCAGUUCCCAAUGCCUUAAAGUAAAUUGGUAGGCUUUUAUCUUUCCUUAGGCUUGUUAAAAUUCCACCUUAAUCCUAUCAUCAAGGAAAAAAAGACAGUUUAUGCACUCAUUAUGCAACUAAAUCAAAAUAUGAUGAACCUUUCAAGGUUACAAGGCUUGUAUGUAGAUUUGAAUUCAAGUUAAAUGAGCAUCUAAGGAAAAAAAUACACUCAACACAACAAAACUGUAAUUUGUGGAACAUUUGCAGAUAAGGGAUAAUGUACAAGUGAGCAGGUUGUAUGAUUUCUACUAGGGAUGCACUGAUCUGCUUUUUCACCUCCGAUACCAAUACAGAUAUCUACAGUUUAGUAUCGGCCGAUACUGAUCCAAUUCCGAUACAAAAAAGCUGCGCUGAAUUACCUUUUUGUUGUAACCUGAAGUUUUACCACUGCCCCUUGGGACGUUUACUGCGCAGGUAUUGCAAUUGGCCGUCGAGCUUGUAGGCUGAGGUAUUGUGAUAAAGUUCAAGAUAGACGACCCUUUUGCUCGCUCCAUUUUGAAAACAAUGUGGGCAUUCGCCGGUGUUACGGUGUGUAGCAUAGAGUUAGACUGAAUAGAUCGGCCCCUAUGCAUCGGGCUCAUUGUCACAAUACCUGAUCUACAAUUUACUUCAGUAUCGGAACCAAUACUGGUAUCAAAUAUCAAAUUAGUGCAUCCCUAUUUACUACCUGACUUUUAUACCAAUCAACAGGCUGUGUGAAAUACUUGGUUAUGAUUGGUCAAAACCGCCAAACAAAGGUAUUCAACUCUGAACUUUUUUUUUAUACAACUUACACACAUCAAAUCAAUCUGCAGAUAGAAGUCUGGCUUAUUUGUGACAGAGUUCAUGAUUUCACCUCUUCUUGUUAACAAUGUGUCAAAGAUGUUCAUUUCUGAGAGCAGUGGAAAACAACAGAGAAUAUUUUUUAAUUUUAACUUUAAUUCACUUAAGUCUCGUGGUUAAAAGCUGACCAGUCAACAACAGAAAAAAAAUGAAAAGUGUCUCAAGUGUCAAUCACCUCUAUAGUAGGGUCUGAGGUGAACUGAUUCCUGGUCGAUCGUCAAGAGUGUACUGUCAGUUCUACCUUUCUUUAUCUUUAAAUUUGUAUCAUUGUUUCCCUGUCCUGUCAGACACACUUGAAUGCAUCACAUCAACUGACUUUAACAUAAAACAGUUUUUCUAUUCGCUGUAUGGGGCGCAAAGAUGACACUCUUGGCACAUUGCCCAAAGACACAGCAGGAACCUGGCAUCGCUAUGAGUGGUGGUGGAAAGCUGUCAGUCAACUGAACUGCAACAGCCACACUUUCAAUGCACUACAGUUUCUGAUGCUAAAAGCUACAGUAUUAUUGUCACCCCUGUGGGAGUAUUGUUUUUUUUCUCUGCUCAAAAUGUGAAGUGCAUCUGUGUUGAAUGCAAUGCAAGUGCAAGAAAUGGUGCUGAGAUGCUACCUGGUGCUACUUAGUUUCCCUAAAACCGUUCUUCUAACUCCUGAAGAGGUUGAGUUGAAGGUUCUGUUAGCAGUAGAUCAGUCAGUUUUCACCAGGCCUAAUACUGUCGACUUAAAUGAUGGCAGAUUGUGGAUAGCAUCAAUCACAUUCUAGAUAAACAUAGACUAUCAGUUAUGGCCAUGGUUCUGUGUGCAGACUGGCAACUAUGCAUGUGUGCGGUUAAAAUGCUGAAACUGUUAGCAGUAACUUUAAAAGUGGAUUUAGUUCAGGAAGGUUGGGCACCCCUGACCUAGCAUAACAGACUGAAUGACAGAUUGCAAAAAGUAUUUGUGAUGAAUUUCUACUUUGUUUGAAUUUCUUCAUUAUGACUUCCCUCCGUUAUCUACCACUGUCAAAGCAAAAGGAACAUUCAAUGCUAAUGUUUGCUCUGCUUUUUAUACUGUUACAAUGUGAGGAGUGGGGUUAUAUUAUGGGGGGUUCAGUGCAUCAUGAGGUAUCCUUUGCACCAUUACAAUCGGUUUAGCUGUAUAACUUUAUAUUUAAAUAGUUUAGUGGUCACAUACUUUUCACAUGUUUUAAACUAUUUUCUAACAAAUAUAAUUCAUGUAGCUGCAAUUGUUUCAUAAAUUAAUAAUUUUAUAAUAAAUAGAUACAAUUGUAUUCAAAUCAAUACUACAGUACAUAUAAACUUAUUUCCAUCUUUAGUUGAUAGCUGGGUAAUUAUCAAGUGUGGGCCAUUUUAUUUUGUAGUUUUCUCUGUCAGAGCCAUCCCUAACAACAGUCUGUUCUCCAUAGCAACAGUCUGCUAUCUACAAACUAGAGACUGUUGAUAUGGAUGUUAUCAAUAAUGACUUAUCAAAAAUCAAGCCAAGUAAAAACGAGAAUAAAAUGAAUGGAAAUGUAGUUGCAGGUUGACGUAUCAUUAUUGCAUGGCAGUAGAUGGAAACAUGAUCACCUCAGAAUCAUUGUAACAAGCUGAAACAACCUACAUGUGUAGAAAAGAAGUAUGGUAAUAGAGCAUUGAGAUGUAAAUACUGAUGCAGAUAACGUAUUGCUAUAGGCAGAGAUGUAAGCUGUGGAUGGUUUUGACAUUUGUGAGUUAUACUAUGGAGUGAGUCAAGGGUGUAAUUUUAGCAAAGCAUGGAUGACAUCUUGUAAAGGCCCUGUAAGUAUGUAUUAGGACCUGAGUGUGUGUUUGUGGUUGUGUAAACGUGCAGUGUGGUCAUGGGACAUGAUCGGAUCUAUCUUGAGAUCUUUGGGAAUAUUGUUGAAGCCCAGCAGCUAUCUCAGCAGGAGCUCAGCAAGAAACACGAAAAACCAGACUUUCUGUUCAGCUUAGCUCACUGAUUUGCUCAUCUCACACUCCAUUUGUGACCACAGUCAAAUAUAGAGACUAGCCGACAUGAUAGAAGACCAAACAUGAAAGAAAGGUUCAGAUAGACUAAACCAUCAGAGGAUAGACUUGAUGAAUUACCAAGUGGAAGCUUCAACCUGGUGUGAAAAAACAAACGGAAAUAAACACAAAAUUAUUCAUGUAUUUAAAAAAGAGAAAUUAUGUUUUUAAGUGUGGAGUCACAAGAUAAUCAUACCACCAGUUAGUAGAACUCUGUGUCGUCUUGACUAAAGGAAAAAGUACACCAUAUGACCUGGAAAACAGCAACAGAUAAAGCUAAACUUGUUGGAAGUUCAUUAUAUAAAUAAGUCAACUGUGGAAUUUUACACUUAUAAAAAAUGGAUACCGAGCUGUUAAUAAUCAUCUUCAACAACCAUGUGAAAGCAGCAGAUCUGCAGACCAGCAGGUCUCAGUGUUGUUUUGAAAGUAAAUCCAACACACUCAGCCGCUGUUUGCUUAUCCUAAGAUGCGAGAUGCUGAAUCCUAAAAACAGAAAAUCAUUAAUAGAAAAGCAAUUAUAGAAAGUUAUUCAUAGAUAGGAGCUUUAACAUAAACGCUCCUCUGUUUGUCAAUAACAUCAGCAUGUCUAAUUGCUAUUUUAACCAUGCUUAGGGAAUAUCCUUGUCACCAAAUAUCCAUGAAUGAUAGUUUCUGUCCAUGAUGCUUCCAUCAUUUGUUAUAGAAGCUUUUCAAAGAGCUGCUGAGUGGCUUUGAAUAACAGUCAGGCCCUAAAGGAUGGUGUGUGUGCUUUGAGUGUUAAAUCUCCCUUACCUGCGUGAAACCCAUCAUGCCGCUUGGCUUUAGCAAUAAAGCAUCCCUAAAAGCCCCAGAACACCCUGCAGAUAUACAAUGAGCUCUACUUUGUAAUUGAAUCAAGCUUUGUAGCACAGUGGAGCAGAUGGUGAGUUGAACCAGGAAGAGUUCAAUGUUGUCAUUUUAGGUGAAGUGACAACAUGGAGUAUCAGUAGAUGUGCUCCUGCUACCUGUUACUGUCAGAUAAACCCACCAAAGCAGUCAGUCUUUUGUGGUCAGCCUGCAGUAAUGAUAAUAAACACUUGUCUGUUUAUACUAUCAGCCCUCUGGAUGCUGUUUAACCUGUAAAAGGUGUUUUUACAAACCCUCUGGUUUGAUUAAAUGAAAUGCUCCCACUGCUGUCUACAAAAGACAAAAAUAUGCUGCUGUUUGUGUUUCAUAAUGUUCCCCAAAAAUGGGACAUGAUCACAUCAAACAAUGAGAGGGAUUAGAAGGAAAACAUGCAGUCAGACAUUUUAAAUGACAACCUCAAAAAUUAUAACAGUGGAAUUUUAUUUUUAGAGUCCCACUCCAAUCGUUUUUUAUUUUUUUUUUUACGACAAAGUGUUCUCAGUGGUCUAUAAAUUGUGAACAUGCUCUGCACACUUCUCUUCAUGCUAGCUUGUAGCCUAACAUUAUCGGUGUAGUAGAAGUGGCAGGUAACAUAGGAGCGAUUCAGCUCUCAGGCACUAAUAUCUUUGGGGACAUUAUGAAAGAUAAUAUCAUAAUUAGCUUUCUUAUGAGCAUGGCGAUCCGCUAACGCACACGUUUGUUCCGCGAUCUUCCUCUCUACUUCUACAAAUCUGGCCUUCAAAGUGGGGCUCUGGGGGUGGAGCUUGGAUUUGCUACAUGGGAAAUCUCACUGAAUGUGAGCCUGCUGUUUGGGUCUGCCAGAGAUUCACAGCGAUUUGAAUGCAGAAAUAGCCAGAAAUGCAACUUUACUCUCCCUCUUCUCAUGAUAUGUCCUGUAGCAUCAUAAAAAUGCUAUAUGAACAUGUUGACAACAAGAAAAACAUGAUUUUCAUCGGAGUGGAUCUUAAAGGACAAAAAGUCUAAGGGCAAAACCAAACCAAAGGAGUUGCAUAUUGCACAGAUACCCAACUUUUGUAAAUCUUCUUUUAAUUCAAUGAAGCAUUUCUUUGAAUUUUUAAAGUAAUAAUCCAUUAUGUCACUGUCAAGGUCAAGCCAUACCCUACAUGAUGUGAAAAGGUCGAAUUUUGUUUUCAGAACAGCAAACUUCGAUAUAAUUGGCAUAACUUUGUAACCUUUGUCCUACUAAAUCUGGAGUUAAGAUUUUUUAAAUACACUCAGCAAAGUUAACAUCGUAGCAAAAGUGAAGAGGAUAAACAUGAGCCAUGAUCUGGACCACACUUACAAACUACACCCACACAUUCAUUUCAGCGUCACAGAUAACAGAGGUAAACGUUGUGGGAUUAAACAGCAGCUGCAGUCCUGGCAUCAGUUCAUAUUCUCUGCCAAGCAUCGUUCUAGCCUACAGGCAUUUGAUGGUGGAGGGGACAGCCUCGGUUUCAGCACAUUUUACAGCAGCAUGUCAGGAACCCUGAUACCCAAUUGGCGCGACAGAGCAUGGCUUGGUUUUAAAUACUUGACCUACAUGCCCAGAAGAUCAGAAUUUUGGAUGUUUCUUGUUUCACAUGAAGACAGCCGUAUCAUGAAAUGCCAGAUUUUGCCCUUCAGCUGUGUGAGUUUUUUUUUCUGAGGACUGUUUUUGAGCAAUGGAGGAUAAAUGAGGAGGUCUUAGCUCACCUUGACUAAAAUGAAACUGGUCCAUAUUCUCUUCAUACCUGACCUCAGUCUUCACUCUGAAGUGAACAAGCAUUUGUCAUCAGCUUCAACUUUAUUCACAGGCAGAAACCCCAAGUGAAACUGGACUUGUUGGAGAACGUCCAUCUGCCACCAGGGAUUAAGCUGAGAGAAAAAGAUGCAAGAAACCAUGGUGUGCACUACUUUUUAAAACAAAACAAAACAAAAACUGAGUUUUUUUUUGCCAUGGUGAGAAAGUGCAGCAGAACAGGGACAGGAGAUGUGGGGUGUGGAGAGUGGUGGAUAACAUGCAGCAAAUCAGGAGUCAAAACAGUUACUGCUGUGGUCAGGACUUCAGCCUCUUCAUGUGGGGCGUGCACUUUAACGCUGAGCUAAACUUACAACCUGUUUCGGUAUUUCUUACUUUCUAGGAUGUGUUGACCACCAUGUUUUGCCUUCAUAUUACAUUAUUUUGUUAAUCUAUGUGUAAUAAUCAGAUGAAAGGUAUCUAGAUUUUGAUAGGAUUUUGUAUGAUCCCUUUAUAGAGUCUCAAAGAGGUCAAACAAAAAGGCUUCUGUUGCUGAGUGUGUUUUUAUACAGAAUCAGAUCAGUUAAAGAGAAUGUGCUACUUUUCUGGGACACCUAUAGUAUUGAAAUGAAUCAUUUAUUGUUGUUCAUACUGAGCUGAAAAGAGUUACUGUCCUUUAUACAAAAACAUUUAUAUUACCUGAAGCUGACUGUUACUUGCCAAAAAACCAAGACUAAACUGUAGGAGCAAAUCCCUUACAUGCAAAAGCUAUGUUUUUAAAAGCGUUUAAAAACAGACUAUCUAUAGUAUUCUGAGUUUAUCGGCUGAUUUGCGAUACCGAUCCAAUGCUACUGUUGAAUGAAUGAACUGUAUACCUUUCCCGGUGAGUGAAGGCUUGACAUUAGCCUAGUUAAAAAAAGGUAACAAAUUAACACAGAUAUAAAUUUACUUAAUAUAAUUUAUCAACAAAUAACAAAUUUCACAUUAGCACACACCAAAAAGAAGUAAGACUUCCAUAUAUUUGAAGGAAAAUUAAUUAAAAGAAAAAAAAAAGACUGGAUCAGCGUCAUUCAUCAAAUAUCUGAUCAAGUUAAUUUGUCAAUAUCGGACCCGAUAUCCGAUCCAAAUAUCAGAUCGGUGCAUACCUAAUUAAAACAGAGAAAUUCUUUAAAUACUGCAGGUUUAUUUGGUACCAUUUAAGAACGACUGUCAAAUUUUGGUCUUUGUGAAUAACAUAAUCAAGGAGUAGAGUCUAGACUUCUUUUUGUACCGUAUUUUUCGCACUAUAAAGCGCACUUGAUUAUAAGGCGCACCAUCAAUGAACGCGUCUAUUCACGUCUGUUUUCAUACAUAAGGCGCACCGGAUUAUAAAGCGCACCAGAUUAUGAAGCGCAUUAAGGCAGACAAAACAGAUAAGUUACAUAAAUAAGGAUUGAUUGAUUGAUCUUUUUAUUAAUUUUAAAAAUUGUGCCCAUGUCAGACAAACAACACAGAGCGUUUAAGGCGGGUUCACUUGCUUACUUGUGACCUUGUCCACAUUGUGAUAAUGUUUUGCUGAAUGGCAUAUUUUAUCUGCUAUAAGUAACGCCUGAUUUAGUUGCCAUAGUAACCAACAUACAGGUAAUAUGUUGUUCAUACAUCCCUCUCUUAUCCCUGUUGAAUAUUUCUGUCCACCCUAUAAUAGAAAAUGUUCAGUAGGCUUUUCUUCAAUAUGUAUUGUUUUCUGUAAAACAGACAGAGUGUAGGUGGGAGAUUGAAUGACCGUGUGUGUGUGUGUGUGUGUGUGUGGGUGUGUGUGUGUGUAAGGGAGAGGUCAGCUGGUUAGGGCAGGGUGUUGGGUUACAGAAGGCAUGGAGUAGUUUCUGCUCUCUGACUGUCUCAGAUCAAUUAAAAGGGAGAGUCAGGCAGAAAGUGAGGGGGUGAUGAAAGAAAUAGAGUGAAUGAGGAAAGAGGAAAUGACUGAACAUUAAGCUGACAGGUGGAGGAGGAGGAACAGAGGGAGGAGGAGGGAUGACGGGAUAAAAGAUUUGGAAAUAGGCCGAGGUUAUUGCAGGGAAUAGGAUGUAAUGAAACGGCUAGCAGUGCAUAACCGUGGACACUGCUUUGGCACUGGAUUUUUAAAGGAAUAUGCUAAUGCUUUGGAGAAUCAUGUCCCUGAUUUGAUCAGUACAAGUGCUCCUUUUGUGCAUGUUGACUAAUAAACACAGUUUUGUGGUUUUAAGGCAACACCAAGUCAAGCGAGCAAAGAAAAUCCAAUAUUAGACACGUCAAGGUGACGUAGUACGAAUCCCGCUGGAGGGAAAUUGUUGAUGAUGAAUUUAUUUUGGAUUGGAUGUUAUACAAAGAGCAGAAAAUAUGUGCAAAUGCUCGCAAUGAUUUACAGCCUGCUUUCAAAAUCAAGCACCAGGAAAACUGAGCAUUUCUCUUUUCAUUUCUCACAUGAUCUCGUUUGCGAUGAGCUGCAGCAGCAGUGUGAAAACCACUCUGCUAUAUCCUCUGCACAGCAAACCAGCAGCUUAUUAUUCUACAAGUGAGGGUUACAAAGCUGCUAAUCAAAUGUUGAGAAUGUCUCCAGCUGGGAUAACCAUCUUCAAUAUUUGUUUACUUACUUCCUCCAAUUUGUGUUUAUAUUUGGCACAGCGAGUUGCAUGUAGAGUAGAAUUUUAAAUAUCAAAAACCCUGAAAGUCAUUCUUCUGUCAAAGAGAAUUCAGACUUUCAAAGAAAAGAGGAUUCAUGCUCUGUAGCCAUGUUUCCCUGUGAAUCUAUUCACUGAGAGUGAUUCAGCUGAUUAUACAGACAAUAAGCACCUAAUAGCUGCAGGCAGACAGACACGAACCACCGCUUGUGACACCCAGAGCCUCUGGUCAUUGUGCUGCGAGGUGGAAAGUAUAUUAUUAGUUACAUUGGAUUAUUCAGAGAUGGGUUUAGCACACCACUUAAUCCUUUACCAUGACGAACCCUUCUUUAACUGCCUUUGUUAAAGAGAAUAUGAGAUUUUUCUGUCCUUGCAUCCGUUGAAUAGAGUUUAUGGAGCUUUUUUUCUCCUGAGAAGAACUCUGAAGGUUUUAAGAACCGGCAGUGGGCUUUAAUGAAUGAGUUUACUCCUAUCUUUAUGCUUUUCAGAUAGUACCCCUCCCAAUUUGGAAUAGAAGUUGAGUUUUUGUCGCCAUGGUUUUGAAACAGGAAUCAGUAGUGUUUGGUUUUUACUGCUAUCACAUGGAAAUUCAAAACCGCAAUCGAGAUUAUCUCGAUUACAAUUCUAUUUACAUACUAUGUGGAUAUAUCAGAUGCAUUUUCUUGGUACCAUCCCCAAACAAAAACCUCUAAGUAGGGCUGGGCGAUAUGGCCUCCAAUCAAUAUCACGAUACAUUGAGCAGUUCACCUGGACGAUAACUACUCCACAAGCUGCUCGGCUCCUCCCACAUUAACUUUGUCUACUUCAGCCACCGCUCCAGCCGUGACAACUUUUGAACCGUCCUCCAUCCCCUCAUCUGUCUUUCCCUCUUUAUUACGGACUGGAUGGGACAUAGGACAACGUCUUAAAGGAACAUGAGACCAUAGCCUACACAUCCAAAAUCAACUUUUAUUUAUUUGACACAGAAUACAUUGACAUGGGUUUAUCAUCAUAAAUUUUGGUAUCGGUAAAUUUUCAGUUUAUCACCCAGCCCUUCCUCCAAGUAUGUAUUUCUGUGAAACCUCAGGAUGAUUUAUUCUGUUUUUUCUCGGCUGUUUACUCUUCAGUGUCUCUGAAAAAUGUAAAGCCGGAGCAAUGGGAGUGAGGUGUCGUCAAUCAUCCCAGAUAACAUCCCUCUCUGUUUUUCAUGGUUAUCUUGCUGUUUACAAGCAAGAUAGAGGACAAUGUAGAGCACCUGUUACCUAGACAGUUUGUUAGGUCACAGAUGAGUUUAUCAGGAGGAUUAGAUUAUUUAGAGACAGACUUAAAGCACGUCACUUAAAACCCUUAAGGUAUUUAUACUGUCCUGACUUCCUUACUCUUUUGAUUGCUGCUGUUGCUUCCUUUUACUAUUUAUAACGAAGUCUUUCUUCUACUUUCCUCCUUCCUUAUCUCCCUCUGUCUCUCUUUUUACCCCUCCUCUACUUCCUCACUCUCUUUUCUUCUCUGCGUCACUGUAUCUGUGCAUUGAGCAUGUGUGUGUGUGUGUGUGUGUGUGUGCGUAAUGACAGAGGUGCAGGGGCGGCUUGCAUGGUAGCUAAAACAGAAGCUGCCUCUCUUUGUCACACACACACACACACACACAGAUACACACACUCACACACACACACACACACACACACACACACACACACACACACACACACACACUCACACUCAGAUACACACACACACACACACUCACUCACACACACAGCCCCAAACAGAAUAACAGUUAUUUAAAGACGAGAGCUGUACUUGCUCAUUUGAGAAGGAAAAAAAAAAGGGCUUAGAGAGAUUGAAGGGUGGAGGGGGUGAGAGGAGAGAUGGAGAGAGAGCGAGGGGAGGAAAAGGAGGGAGGUACCAAGUGAUGGAGAGAUAAGAGAGAAGCAGGAGGAGAAUGAAGGGGAUGAUGUCAUCUUUUAACCCUAUAUACCGCUCCUCUCUCCUCUCCUCCCUACUGUUUCCUCCCCAGAUUCCUCUUCGGCUCCUCUCUGUGUCUCUGUUCAGCAGAACUAUAUUUAGAUUUUUGCAGCUGUGGAUGUGUGUGUUCGUUUGUGUGUGUGUGUGUGUGUGUGUGUGUGUGUGUGUGUGUGUGUGUGUGUGUGUGUGUGUGUUGAUGCUGUGUCAGGGUGCUUGGCAUUGCUGAGUCUUAUAUGGUGCUGCUCCUUUUACCAAAUGCUUUACCGCCAUCAUCUUUUCCCUGUCACAUGCUGUUUUUCUUCUUCUCGCUGUUUCAUGUUUUCCUUUUUGCCCGCCUGUCCAUCCUCUUUGCAUUUAAAAGGGCUCCCCUGAGAUAUUUCCUGUUUAUCUUAUGCCAACAAUGAAUUGAUGUCUUUCUCCUUGUUGUUUUUUUUUUUGCUCAAAACCUAUUGAAUCUCAUAUUUUCUUAAACACUACGACUAUAGUGAUGUGUUCUGUCAGUUCUGCUGAAUGUUGGAAACUGCAGUUUAUUUUGAGUCAGUCGCACAUACAUGGAUUUCUGCAGCAAAUCCUCACCACUGAAUCUACGGUGGAUGAAGCCGCCACUGAAAAUAGUCCCUGAAAAAAACAUUCUAUACUCGUCUUUAUUUAUUCAUUCAUUCAGAUUUUUCCCUACCAAAACACUACAAUAUAAGUUAUUCUCAAAAGGUUGUAUGAUUUACAUUUGUGACUACUACUAAAGAUUGUAAAUUAAAAAUAAUCCACAUAGUUUUGAAUAUAAUCCAAGUAUGGAAGUUGAUCUUGUACACUGCAUUAGUUUUUUUCCUCCUUGUGCCAUUUUUGUAUUCACACAUUUGUCAAACCAGAGAGAGAAAACCAAAUUCACAGUGUAGUGGUCAGAAUUGUAUAGGGAUGCACAGAUCCGAUUUUUUGAUAUCCGUAUUGGUCCCGAUACUGAAGAAAAUUCUAGAUCAUGUAUUGUGACAAUAGGCCCCAGUUGUACAGGGCUGAUCUAUUCAGUCUAACUCUAUGCUAUGUGCCGUGAGUAGCAUCCACAAGUGAACACGCUGAGUGGAUCCCCACAUUAGCCAUGUUUACAUGCGCAAGAUUUCUUGAUCCGAUUAAAAAUUUGAGGGAUUGGAUAAUCUGAAUUCACUGUUUAUAUGGGUGCAAAGUCAAACAAUCCGAUCGUGACGUGCGAUUACAUGCAUCAAGCUUUACUCAAAUUAGAAGCAUUUGGACAUGCACAGAGUUAGAUUAGAUCGGUAUGGACUGAUACUAAACUGUAGAUAUCUGUAUCGGUGUCGGAGGUGAAAAAAGCAGAUCGGUCCAUCCCUAGAGUUGUGCAGAAAGGGAUUAAUUUGCCACUAUAUUUUAUUUAUUUAUCACAAGUUAGAGGUACUAAAGAGGCGGUAGACAGCCUUGUGGAUUUUCAAUUUGAAUUCACACAGCUUCUUAGUUUAGCAGCUAAACUAAACUGCUUUACACGAAGUCAUCUGCAUCAGCUCCAAUCAAUCAAUUACACAAACCGAUAAUUAAAGAAGACCUUGCAAAUUAUUUAGCAGAUUUUCCAAAUCCUCAUAUGUGACUCCUAACUCGUUGUCAUUGUUAAACAGGAAAUUAACUUUUCCACUUUUUGAAAGAAAAAUCACCAACAUCAGUGUAGAGCCUCGAGCGGUGUUUAAUUCCUCACAGCUCUGCCACUAUUAUCGGCACUAACUAGAUAUGUCAUCUGGAUCAGAUGUUUGGUUUUAAUUAUGAAGUAAGUCAUGUUGAGUCUAUUCAUUUUGAGGCUUUGAAACCUCUUCAGUUCACAUUUAUUAGGGCGAAUUUCUGAGAUUUUUCAUUUUGAGGCCAGUAAUUUGGCUGGAAUUUUAAUGUACCCCUGUAUAAUGGUCAUACAGCCCCCCUCAGUCUCAGCUAAAUUAAAUGAUUAUGUGAUUUCAAGACUACAUACAGUAAAUUACAUGCAUCAAUCCUCUCUUUUAAGAUCUGGUAGAAGUUACACAUUUUUCCUUUGUUUUUCUGUUACUGUUCAAAUGUUCUUUUCAUUUUUAUCAUUUCUGUUGCACCACCUACAGCUACUGCACCGCCAGUCCUCCACGGAGAGGGGAUCUCUCACUGAGUUGUCCCUCCUGAGGUUUAAAACAUUAUUGUUCCUAAUUCACUGGAGGCUUUUCUUUUUCUCCUUCAGACAGCACAAGACUGGUUAGGGGGCUGUUGUUGAUUUGUGUCUGUAAAACCCAGAGAGACGUUACACAUGGAGGAUUUUGGGCUUUAUAAACACACAGGAGAUAGUUUGCAUGUUUGCUUUACUUUGAGCAACUUUUGAUCCAGAUGUAUCUGCACCACCUACUUAAAUGCACAAUAGUAUCUCAGUUUGUUGUCAUGUUCUCAUUUUGAUCUUAUUUGGAACAUCGUACUGAUAUGAAAACUUUGAAAAUACUAAUAUUCCUGUGGGAAUUAUUCUCAAAUCCCUGACUAUAUUCCUAGUGCAAGUGAGAUGCCUUGUGCAAAGAGGUUGGAUUGACUCCCAGUGUGUUUGCUCUCAGUCCCUCGCUGAUCCAGGUGUGCCUGAGGGCAGGUGUGUCUUGGUGGAUUUUAAUCUUUUCUGUUGAAAUGGAUCAGGCUCUGGAUGGCAUAUUUAACUUCUCUCACUCGACACAUAUAACUUUACUUUAGGUGCAGCAGCAUAACUUUAUUAAUUUUCAAAACUCAGGUCAUGCCGACAGUGUUAGACAGAAUCUAGGAACAGCUUACGUCUAGGGCAGGAGUUUUUGGCAUAUGUAGUAACAUGAAUUAUAAAGACAAGAAAAAUACUUGCAUAUCUAGGUUCUUUGUCCUAUCUAGAAACUUAAUUUCACCAAAUCAGGAAACACAUUAGUAAUUCUGAAAUUUCUCUAUGAAUAGGUAUGCUGCAGCAUGAGUUUAAAGACUUUAUGCUAAGAUUUUGUUGGUCUUAAGUGCAGAUGCUUUCCACUUCCAAAAAUAAUGUGCAACAGGACUCAAAGUGUUCGAAAAUCUGAUCAAUUAUUUAAAAAGAAAAAAAAAACCUUAUGGUUAGUUUUGGGGGGUUUCUAAAACUUGGAUAUUGGCCUUAUUAGUCUCCAGAAUGUGGAUAUGAUAAUGUAAUAACCCCAAAACACCACCAUUAACAGGUUUCUUACUUACCAAGAGUGUAAAAAGACAAUAUACACUCUGGAUCAUUCAUAUUGAUUAUUAAGUUGUAAAACCUGUUAAUAGCUUUGGUAUGCAAACAUGAAAACUGUCUGUGAGUGAGUUGUAAAUGUCUGUGGAUUCGUGUUCACUUUGUUAUAACCUUUCUCUAUUAUGUUUGUCAUUAAAUGAUCUGCUUUAUUAACAAACUAAUUACUUACUGGGCUGUGCAGGUAGCGUACCAUUUAGUUGAGAUUUUCCUAAAAAACGCUAAAUCCAAACAAAUGUUUUGGGUCCUCAAACCAAAUGAAGUGCUCAACAGAGACUUUGAUAUAAGAGUGUGUCACCAUGGAAGAUCUCUCUGACAUGGCCAUGAGAUCCACGGCUAAUGUGAAGAUGUUUAUGUGUAAUCUGAAGAAGGAAACAGCAGAGAUUUUUGUACUUUUCAGAUAAUUAAGAAAAAACUGUUGGAUAAAUCUUUAUUUAAGUAUCAGUCGAGGGAUCUUUUGUGAGCCGAAAGCUUGUUCACGCACCAGACGAUCUCACUGCAUUUAGCAUUAGCAUAAAUUGUUUUAAGAUUCUCUUUUGAUUGUGCUUCUGCAUUAUUGGUAAUGUUGUGCCAUGCGGAGGUUAUGAAUUUAAUCUCAAGGAGUAAAAUGAAACUACACGCACUUCAUACUGCGUUUUAAAUGCAGCAAUCACAGCCAGGCUUGUUACUCAUUCAAAACACCAAUUUGGAUUGUCAGAGAUAUGAAAAUAGCUCGGCAUAACUGACUCAGUCACUGUGAUGAUGAUCUUAGUUAAUAUUCGAAUCACUGCCCCAAUAUGAUAUUAAAAGCUGGUUUGAAUGAAUGGGUCUAGAGCGACCCACACUGACCUAAUAAUAGCUCAGCCGUGAGGAAAACAGAAAAUUCACAUCACUGGUUAUAACUUCGGUUUUGUUCCUUCACUGCCCCACUAUUCACUGAUGUUGAAUCGGGUUCUUUCCUGGGUUCAGUGUAAGUAGAUAGUGGGGUAACCCUGUUGUCCAUUUACCUUAAAAGAUGAGCAGUGACUCUGUCUGUGCUUGUCAUCUCCCUUCACAUCACUCCUUUUUUUUCCUCUGUCGUUUUCUCUCCUCACUCUCUCCCACACACACACUCACAUGACCCACUAAGUCUCCUCAGUCUCUUCAUCUUCCCUCUCUUUUUUCUCACCUCCACCUCCUCUUUCACUCUCUGUCUCCUGAACAUAUAUAUACAUGCAUUUCUCCCUUCGUCUUUCCACCUCACUCUGUUCUUUUUUUCCUCCUCAGUCCCAGCACGGCACAUCUUCAUACAAUUACUUUCCAUUAAAAAUGGAUUAGAUUUCACCUUCACAGUCUGUCUACAAAAAGAGAACACGAAGGGAGGGAACAAGAAGGUGCAGUGAGAGGGGAUGCUUUGAGAAAUCAGUGGAGAGGGACUAAAAGAGAAAAAAAAACAGGAAAAGAAAGAGAAAGAGGAGCACAGAUAAAAUAAAAAAUAAAUAAGAUAAAGGAGGGAAAGGGUGGUAGCAAGGUAGAAGACCAUUAGAACGAUUAAAAAGACUGAAACAGCUGCAACCUCAAACUAGCAAAGCCAGUAAAUACAGCAUUACUUACUGGUCCCAUGACAAAUUUAGGCACAUAUUUGCUCUCACAGCUAAUACUUAGCACUUUCCUGAACCUCUCAUACUUGAUUUCUGGCACCAAAAGUCCAAAAACUGUGUGGAUGUGCCUGUCACACAUUUGGCCAGUCACUGAGAAAUGGCUGCAGUUCAAGAACAAAGUGACUGCUUUGUAAUGGCUCAUGGAUGUCGACACCAAGUUUGAAAUCCUCUGAAAGUAAGGUUGAAGAAAUCUAAAAAAUAAAAUACUGCUAAUCACGUCAACGUCAUUAUUCUGAGUAAAAAGGUUAAAAUAAAGCAAACUAAUCCAAAUAAUUUGACUCUAUAAACAAACAGUAAACAGAUAAUCCUGUGACCGCAAAAAUAUUUCUUUUGAGAAUCUGAAGAUUGGGAUCAAGUCAAUCUCGAGGGUGAGUGUGUACUCAAACAAAAUCAAGUUCUUGUCUAUUGUUGUGAAGUUCUGUGCCAGAGGGAGCAGAUGGUCCCGGUGUGUCCUGUAGAAGUAAGGAGGCCUGGGACUGGAAGAGCUCCAGUGCAGCCCCCCUUAACCGUCCUGUUUUCCCACCUUGGGGUUAAGAAGGGUUAAAUCUAAUCCACUCUUGCUGUGCACGUGUGUUUAUUUGUGUGUGUUGGAGAACGGAUGAUCCUCUCUUCAACUGUACAGUCGGUCUAGACCGUUCUGUCAUUUCAUAAGCUGUAUUGUUUACCUCUGACUGAACCCAGUUACCUGUUAACUGGAUAAACAUACGAUAUUGAUAUUGGAUAUCAGUCCGAUAUCAGCAAAAAACGAAUAUCGGGUUAUAUUGGCCUGCAUCUAAAAUCUGUGUUAUCAGCACUCUGAUACAAGCAGUCCAUUCCAGACUCCACUCCAGCACCUCUAUCCUGCACGCAGAGCCCACGUGAUCACAACAACAGUCUGUACUAAAGGACGAACAAAGUAGGAAGGAGUAGGAAUGAUGUCGGCUGUGAGGCAGUGCAAAACAUGUCAUUCAAAAUUUUGUGUCAAUAUCAGUAUCAGCCAAUAUUAAAGGCUACAAUAUCGGUAUGGUAUCGGAAGCAAAAAUGUUGUAUCGGGACUCCCCUUCUGUAAGAUCAGCAGCUCUUUUCCUGGUUCACACUUGAAAUUAUACCAAUGAUCUCCAUGAAUCCUCCUGAGUUUUGGUGACCCAUCUCUUUUCAUCUUUCCCCACUAUGAUGUGUUUUAAAUGAACUAGGCAGAAUCUGACACAUUUCUUCACCUUCACAGGACCAUCUUUUUCAUAUCACAAGAUUUUUAUGUUAGGCUGAUCUUUAUUGAGUCAAGUCAAAUAAUCAAAUCACAGAGUUAUUUUUGAAUCCUUUCAAUAACAAAUUUAAAAAGCAGCUUGAAAUAUGUUUUUUUUUUGUACCUGCUUAUGUCCUUUUACUUUAAUAGCACUCAGGAAAGAGAAACACUAUAUCACAUUAUUGCACAAACUGGAGUCCACAACAGAAACCCUUAAAAAAAAAAGAAUAAUUUACAACAUAUUUCAUUUAUUUUGUCAUUUGUUUCAAUAUAGACCAGCACACUAUUGUUCAUGCUGAACCUCCCUCCUAUCUUACUGAUAUAGCUUUCUAGGAUUGGAAUAUUUCACUGCUAUACCGGGCUAUUGAGUCAUCAAUCAUCUAGUUACUCAGGGAAAAUCAAGCGUUCCCAUUCGGCUGUUGUCAAAGUCUAUAAAAAUCUUCUUGCUUUUCGCUCUACUUUUUUCUUUCUGUGCAAUGCUUUGUCGGUUUAGCUGUUAAGUUUCACACACCCUCAGGCCGGCUGAAUCAGUACAUGUGUUCAGUAAUCCAUGACUAUCAGCUAUUCUCUCUACAUGUGUGAAAAGUGGUGUGUUUGGAAAUACAAGGUUUAUAAUCCGAGGACCAGCAGCAGGUUGUUUCAUUGUGACUUACAGGUCUGGAGAGUGAUUCUGACAGGUAAUAGGACUGAGAUACAACACGGCCCUUUGGAGGACGGUGUGUGUAAGUGUGCAUGUGUGGGUGUGCACAAAUGUGUUUGUGGAGUAAUAGUCUGCUCUUUUUCCCUCAUUACCUUUGAGAGGGGAUCUUGCCUGCAGAAUACAUCUCUGUAAACUCCAACACUCCUACAUUUCACCCAAAACGCUUCCCAGGAAAUUCAUCUGACUUAGCCUGUCCUUAACCCCCCUCUUUUUCUCUCCCUGUUUUUUAUUCCUACCUCUCAAUCACCCAGAUGCCCCGGUGGCAGAGCUACAUGACCUGUUCUGUAAGAAGCUGCAGCAGUGCUGUGUGCUCUUUGAUUUCCUGGACUGCGUGGCUGACCUGAAGGGGAAGGAGAUCAAACGUGCAGCGCUCAAUGAGCUGGUGGAGAGUGUUGCUACGAGCAGAGGCGUCCUCAUAGAGCCUCUAUACCCAGAGGCCAUAAAGAUGGUAGGUCAUUGGCAGACAUGGUUGACACCUAGACAAUAACAAACAACAGUCAUAGUAGAUGAGCAAGGUAAAUAUAGAAAGCCAGAGAAGUAUUUUCAUAGGGGAAUCAAUCCUCAUCACAUAGAAAAUCUGGAAGUCUUCACACAGCAGGAAAAUAGAUUCAGGAAGACAGAUGACAGCUCAGAUACAGGAGGAAGAAAACAGCAUACAGAUGACGAACGUCAGGAUCUUCAAAGGCUUUGAAGUGAAGGAAGAGAGUAAGAGAUGUACGAGUGGAGUAAAACAAAAGGAGAGCAUUAGCGUUAGCAAAGAAUGCUAAGAAGCCGAGACUUCACAGAUGGCGAGGAAGAGAGGGUUGGACAAAAAGAUAGAGUGGUGUGGAGAGAAAUGUGUGGACUUAACACCAGAAGUCCUAGAGGAUCUAAAAAGGAAGAUAUUAAAAGGACAAAAAAUGAAGAAAACAGAGAAUACAGCUUAUUCUUUAAGCUUUUGAUGGAGGAUGGAGUGAAAUAAAUGAGUGAAAGCUUUACUGUGGGGGCAUCAGGUUGAAGUUUCCCAUUUACUGUAAAAGUUGCAAAUAAGUGUCAAGAUUAAAGCUAAAGUUUCAGUGUAGUAGAUUCAACACGAAGCCAAGAAACUGUUCAAACACAGAGCUUACAGUCAUGCUAGCUUCCUCACAAGUCUGUAAUUAGGCAGCUUGAUGUCGGAGGAUAAAUACCAACAUCAGCAUGCUGCCAACAUGUAAACAAUUAUGUGCUUGUAAGUUGACGUUAGCUGUCAUUUUCUACAGCAGUUUUGCUUGCUGUUGUAUUUUGCAGAUAAUUAGGGUACCUACAUGCCAAAAGAUGGAUUAGCUUUCUAUUUUUUUGCGCCUUCGCAACCAAACAUGGGUUAUAACACUAAAAACAGAGUUGAGAUCCUUUUGAGUGAUGAAUGUGAUGGAUAUUUACGACAAAUGAUGAAGAGAUGGGACAGGUCGAAGAGAGUCAGGGGAAACAAAGAUUAGGGAGGUGAGAUGCUAGCUAGCUAGAUGCUAGCUAGAUGCUAGCUAUGUGUAUCCAUUGUGCAGCCGUGUAAGAAGUUUCUUUCAGUUACGAUAAUAAAAAAUAAUGCUGAAUUGAGGCGGGAAGGGUUUACCACAUUUGCCUUGCGUAAUGCAGUUUAUGCACUAAGUGGCCUGUGGAAAUGGAUUUGUUGAAUAAAUCAUGAUAGAGUCAGCAUUCAAGUUGCAUGGCUUAUUAAUUCUUCUCCAACACUAGUCUGCAAACAGCAUCAGAUUUGCCUGACAAUGGCCAGAGAAAACAGUGGCUGAACUCUUUUUAUCAGAAUUUAAAUAAGAGCUUUUGCCAGACAGUUUUCUGAUUUUUUUCACGCUGCACUUCCAGCCACCUCUCACCAACUGUUUAAUCUCUAGUUACUCAAUUCAGCUAAUAGAAACCCACUUAAUAAUCCUUUUAAUGAGACUUGAAAUUGCAUGAUGAUUUAUCAGAUUUAUUGGAUUUCUCCUGGGGGCAGAUGUAGGUGUAGGAAAAAAUGAAUGAGCAGCAUAAUAAAAUUUAGAGUCAGAGUAUAUUUUCAUUUAUGUUUUUGCUUGGUCAUGACUACAACUACAUUAAGCUCUGUAGUUUAAUCCUAAAAAAAACAUAGAAAAAUGUAUCCUAACUUUAGAACAUUAUGUACAGUGUCUAUUUUUUAUUUUUAUAAUUUCUGUUUCUACCUAUAUCAAACUGUUUGUACCCAGAUCUUUUCUUAACUUGCAUCUAUUUACCGUACAUCCUUUCAUUUCCUGUUUUUCUCUUUCCAGAUCUCUGUAAAUAUUUUCCGGACUUUACCACCCAGUGAAAAUCCAGAGUUUGACCCAGAGGAAGAUGAGCCCACACUUGAAGCCUCCUGGCCACAUCUGCAGGUGCAUUAUCCCAAAAUGUGGUUCAUACACUUCCUGUAAAGCUGAAAGGAGAUACGGAUAAUUAGAAAGAAAAAGAUGCUCUCUUUACUUCUUUCCUCAAAGGCUGUUUCAGAGAUAUUUCAUCCUUGCUUAGUUAUUAAAGUGAAAUAGUGCAGUGACAGUAACAAGCAUGAAAAAUGAACACAACUAUGUAUAAUACAUCACACUUUUAGGGGCAAGACAAAGCUCUAAUGCACACACAAUUCCCACCUGGUGAUGCCGUUAAUGUAGCAUUCAGCAUAAUCCACACAUAGACAAAUUGUACCAGAGCAGGUCCUUUAGGUCAGUUAGAUCUGCUGGCUACAGCAAAACAUGGACCUGUUUUAUCAUCCUCAGUCCCAUAAUAGUGCUCCGGCCAAGAGAGUCUUAUUAUCUCAUGACUUAAGAUAACAUUAGAGGGUAUUGUCCUGUUAUUUUUUAACCUCUGAAGUGCAUAACCCUUCGCCCAGUUAGCAGGAGAUUUUAUCUUUGUUUAUCUCUGUCCUUAAACUCUUGUUAUGGCCAUUAAAUGUAAUUGUAAAGUAGUUCUGCCUACAGAUGCAUAAAGGCAACUUCAUUAUGUUGACAAAUGUACCUUAUUAAGGAUAGAUGAGUUAUGCAAAUCAUUUACAUAUCCAUUCGGUCACUGUAGCCACUUAAAAGUACACAAAUGCAUAUAUAUACUUAUACAGUACUUAUAAACAUUGUAUUCACAGUAGCAUUACAUUGUGAAGGGGACACAAUCAGACGUGCACACACUUGUUUUCCUGCUCCAGAGCUGUGCAUCGCCAGCAUCUUGCCCCUGCUCUGGCUCUGUUAAUACAGCACACCUUAAUAUUAAGGCUCUGCUUGUUAAACAUUACAAACAAGGCCAAACAGGGGCAUUUAUAUCCUCCCCCUGAGUUGCUUAUGAUGACCCAGUCUGCUAGUUAAGUUUAGCUUUUACACCAAAAACAGGAUGAUAAAGUAGGCUAAGCUUCUUUCUAAACCAAAACUGCUGGUUUAUAGACACAUCAAAAGAUCACUUUUUUCACAUAUUUAAUCGAAUUUUGUAACUUGAAUGCACCACUUUAGUCUCAAAUGUUGAUCAGGACAUAUUGAUACAGAUCUUGAUAUAGAUACACUGAUACAGAUCUCUUGGAUACAAAUCAACAAGAUUUACAAUUUCACCUGUUCUCUCUGAUUAUUAUUAUUAUUAUUAUUAUUAUGAUGAUGUCUAAUAUCUUGCUGUUUGUACCUUUUUAGCUGGUGUAUGAGUUCUUUCUGCGUUUCCUGGAGAGCCCAGACUUCCAGCCUUCUAUGGCCAAACGCUACGUUGACCAGAAGUUUGUGCUGCAGGUAAUCUCCCCGUCUGAGUCAGUCUAUCAAAUCUUAUUACAUGUUUAGGAUGAUUAAAAAUAAAAGUUUAUUGUUGAGAUGUUUAAGGCUACAAUGGUAAGGCUUAAGGAUUAUUUUAGUUAAAAAAAACAUACAUUAUAAAAACAGUAUGAGCGUGUGUAAUAAUUGUAUGUAUGUAUGUGUGUGUAGCUCCUGGAGCUGUUCGACAGCGAGGACCCGAGGGAGAGGGAGUACCUAAAGACCAUCCUGCACCGUGUCUAUGGAAAACUACUGGGCCUCCGAGCCUACAUCCGCAAACAGAUUAACAACAUCUUCCUCAGGUACAGGCUGCUUUCCUCCAGCUCAAUGCACAGGGUUUAAAGGUGCUAUUUAUAGCAUUUAAAAUUCAAUAAAGCGAGCAUUAGCCCACAAAGGCCAUCAGCAUGGGUUAAUGAACUCUGCAGUGUUCAGUGUUUGUUCAUUUUUGCAUGGUGCAUUCCUGUAACAAGUAGGUGUGUGUCCUAAAACUUUAAACAGGAAGUAUUUUGUUACGAAAACAGUUUUAAAUCUGGCUGUCAAAGUACUAAAAGCAUCAAAAGUACCUUUCUAGGUAGUCUUUUUGUCAUGAAUGGUGUAUAGAAAUCAAUGGUAUGAUAACAAGCCACUAAGCUCCUCAGCUCCAUCAAAACCAGUGUUGAUUUUUGAUGUUUUUUUUUAAAUUUGUAAGUGCUAUCAUUGAUGGUCCUGCAGCAAUUUGGUCACCAAUUUAUUGGCAGACUUAAGAAGCCGACACUAACAGUGUUUUCAACAUUGGCAAUAACACGCUGUACUAUAUAAAAAUAGGGCACAGGCAACAACACUGACGAGAUUAAAAAACCAAAACAUCCUUUUUUGAGAAGAGGUGGAGACAUUUGAGAGAGCUGUUUAUAUUUUAAGAAGCACAUAAUUGAUUCAUGUGAUGGAUUUUGUCUCAUUCAGAUGAAGUUGUAUCCUAAGACACAUGCUAGCAAACAGUAAAAGUUGUUUCCAGGCACACAUGGCAGCAAACACACACAACCCACCAAACACCUGACGUAAUUUAGACCAAAAAAAGACGUUGAAAACUGGUCUUUAUUUAGACGGUCCGGAUCUAGAUGUUGUUUAGAUGUAUGGUGAAGAUGUCUUUUCAACCACUUUUUGCUGGCUUGGGAAGGCGUGCACAAACAUGACUCGUCUCAUCUGCAGUCAUGACACUCACAGAAUCUGCUUCUGUCCUGAGAGUGAAUUCAUUCUGAAGUGACGCAAACUUUUUCUUUGGAACAAUUUGUGAAACAGAUUUGACUAACCAAACUGCUAUGAUCUACAUCGUCACGUUUCAUCUUUUCCUUCACCAAGCAUGGUUGAAUUGUUGUAUUUGCAUCAUGACUCAAGCACUGGAGAGCUAUAAUACUGCUGAUAACCUUAUUUAUGUUUUCUGGUAUAGUAAGCUCAAAUCUGCAUUAAUGAUGCUGCGCUUCAUUUUUCUUCCACAUGAUGUCAAAGGAGAGAUAACAAACACCUACAUCAUUAGAAUUAUCAACCCCAUAUACAUAUAUCCAGUGAUUUAAUGCACUUGUGAUUUUUACAGAAAGGAAAUAUCUCAUAACAAAAUCUCUUUCUUUUUAUUUUAAAUGUCAAUGUCAGCUUUAUUUUUAUAGCACAUUUUUACAGCCAGUGGCCUACCAAAUUGCUUAACAGUAAAAUUGCCAGAAACAAUAAUAAAAAAAAACAAAACAAUAAAAACCAUGAAAACAAUAAAAGCAUAAAACAACAAUAAAGAUAAACAUAGCAAAUCAAUAAAAGACCCAAUAAAAGUAACUAUACUACCCCAAAGGCUAAAGUGAACAGGUGCGUCUUUAGAAGUGUUUAUAAUUGGUGUUUAUCCACUAUUACAGUCAUUAAAAGCCAUUCUGUUCAUGUGUGUCUGUUUUGUUCCUGAUAUUUAGGUUCAUCUAUGAAACUGAGCACUUCAACGGAGUCGCAGAGCUUCUGGAAAUCCUCGGCAGGUAAGUCCCUACAGUCUUGUACACUCCUGUGUUAUUGCCUGUUUGCUUAAGUCCGGUCCAGUUCCCUUUCUUUUCAUUCAUGCAUACACUUCUGAGCUUACUCUGCACAUUGGAGGAAAGCAUAUAUCUUAGUAUGUAAAGCCAUGUCCUAGAUUUAAAGUUAAGUGUGAACAGAAACACACGGCUGCAGUACUGGCCCAGCUGCUCAUGUUUAUGAGACAGCUGGUAACCCAGUGACGUAAGCAGCUACUAAAACUGGUGAGAAAGCACAAGCAGUUAACAUAGAAAACAACAUGAACAACAACAGUGUGUUUUGUUAUCAGUCCAUCUUUCCAACACCAGUGUAAGUGCCACUCCUGGUUAGUGAAGGGAUGAGAAAUAAGAAAAGAUAGAAUAGAAGAAGGAUAAAUAUGUUAAUGAUGGUUGAAAUAGCUUAGUAACUUAAAACUCUUCCUUGUUUUAGAUUUCAAAAUGAAUAUCAGAUUCUGUUCAUGCUGUAGUUGUAAUGUCCUGUAUGACUCAGGACAUUACUAAUAUUAGGGUGACCAUACGUCCUCUUUUACCCGGAAAUGUCCUCUUUUUGGGGGCUGUCUGGCCUUGUCCAGGGGAGUUUAUAAAAUCCUUCAAAUGUCCAGGAUUUUGUAUGGAAGUUUUGAUUUUGUGUACCGUGGAUUAACUGAGUUAGAAGCGUGUAAAAAACACUCUACCUGACCCCGCAUUGCAGUGUCCUCUUUUUGGGGGAUUCAGAAUAUGGUCACCCUACUAAUAUAGCUUAGCUGAAAAGUUAAGCUGCACCCAUAGCGAUAGAAGAGCUUGCUUUGCUCUGUCCUGUGUGGAAAAAACUCUUGUUAAUGCAAUUUUCCUCUGAAAGGAACGUAAGCAUUUUACAUUUUUUAAUCUACAUAUGUACAACUAUAGCUGACACAAGCAAGUACGCUUGGUUGUCGGCAUAUUAGGUAACUUAGCAAUGAGUAUUAUAGAUAGCUUUUUUUUAGCUGGAAUUUUCAUCUUUCUCUUCUUAUAGUCUGUCCUCUGAGGACUUAAAGGUGGGGUAGGCAGGAUCUGAGGAAGUGCCAGUUUUUGGGAGAAAUCUUGAAUGUAAACACGACCCCUCCCAACUAGUUUUCCCCUCAGCUCCUCCUCUCCCCUCCCUCUCUGCUCCAACAAGCCCCGCCCACAAACAGACGCUCCUGCUCACUCGUAUCGUUUCAAUUAAAUUCAAAUAUAAUGCAGAUAAAUACUUCAGGUAAUUACAAAUGGGGCCCAGUCAACAGAGUCACAAACAGACUACCUGCACACACAAUGUUUUCAGGACUUCUACAACUAGGAUUAAGUGACAUACUCCAGGACCUGAGGUAAACAGUUUAGCGGCGCUACAACACACAGCAGGUCCCAUUUGACAAGAAACACUUCUGUUACAGACACUUGGCUUACUUUGUUAAAGCGGUUUACCUGUCCAGUAGAAAGGUUACAGGGUCUGUAAGAUCCCGAAGCGUCCCCCAUUGUUUGUGCUGAUGUUGACCCGGCUUUUUAGUUCUUGUCCGGGUUGUCUACCUCCUUUCGAAGCGCCCUUUAUUCUGCCAGAGUCUCCGGUAUCCGGUAUCCAAAGGAGGAUUCAGACAAUUUUCUGUACUUUCUGGUUGGUUUCUACUGUCCGAUAUUGUAGCGCGCUAACUUUGUUUGGGCUCGUGAACGUUAUUGGAGGACGUGGAGCGUGCCUCAGAACACGAGGGGACAUCGUCCACCUCACAACCAAUCAGGUCGAGGAGGUGAAGAAUUGCUUUGUUUACAGUCAGAAAGAGCGGGCCACUCAAAAAUGUUAAAAUGUUGACCACACCGACAUAAGAGCACACAUCUAUAUCAUAAUAUUCCCAAAUGUCAUCAAUAACUAACACCUAUUGACUGAUAUUAAAAGAUUUUUUGUAUAUACAUCACAAAAAAAAAAAGCUUCUUUAACAGAUUCCUGCCGACCCCACCUUUAAUGUUUUGACAAAGCUGAAGUAGGAGCUUGCUAGGUAGAUGCUAGUCAGUGGCUUUAUGAUGCAGAACAGAAGACUGGACUUGGUCCGUAAGUAAGGAGCGAGUGCUAAUUGUCUUGGAUGUGAAUUGAUCAGUAUUGACCACAGUACAUGUUUAGAGGAAACUCUGCAGUAUCAGCCUUUGAUUUGACACUCAACAAAAAUAUAAGCUACAUGGUUUCGUGCUAGCAAUCUAGCUGUAUAGCAAGUAUGCUAGGGCGUUUAUGCUAAUUUAGACCCACAUAAAAAGAGACAGAAGGUAUGCUCUCUUUCAUGAAGGUCAAUUGAUUUUUUUUCGCUCUAUACUCAGUGAAAACAGAAACCAGUAUUAGAUUAGUUUAUAACAUUGAUGUCAUUGCAUUACAUAAACAGACAGUUGACAGAUGAUGAUCGUUAUGUAAGAGCGUCUUUGUCCUUCCAUCGCUCCCUGUUUUUGACAAUAAGUUAAAGAAUCAAUCAGUGUGCGUCAGUGUUUACUUCUUCUAAGUUCACUGUGCUGUCUGGAAAUAACUUGUCAUUAUUAUUAUCAUUAUCUUUUACUUAUUUCUUUAGCUUUCCCCUGUAUAUAGAGCAUCACGAGGCUCAUAUAAAACCUGAAAUCUUCUUUUAACAACCUCCAACCACCUGACCAAAAGGUGAAUCCGAAAAUGGGCAAUGACUCUCAAGGUUUCAUACCUCAGGGUCAAUGAAGAGCAAAAAGGAUGUAGGUAGGGGAUUGAGGGAUUCAAGGUGAGAAAAGAGAAGGGAAUGGAGGGAUGAGAGAUGACCAUAAACAAGGGGCUGGAGAGAGGAUGAGUGAAAUGAACAGUGAGUCAGAAGUGGGAGAAGGAGGAGGGAAAGCAGGAGAGGAGAGAGAGGUUUGUAUUCAUGUUGGUGGUAACAGAGGUAUUUUUAGCUCCUCCCACACAAGGAGACAGGAAGAGAGAGAUGGGCGAGGGAGGCUGCGUUGUAUGGGGGGGAGAGAGAGGGAGAGCAAGAAGAUAGAGGUCUUAACAAAAGGGAUGAGAGGAAGGCAGAAAGAAAGAUGAGAGGAACAGCAGGGAGGUAUUUACGAAAAGAGCGUUCAAUAAAGCAGUGCUGUCAGAGGCAGAGGCAAACUUGACAGACAGACACACAGACACUCUGGAGUAGGCACACACUGAUAAAUAGUCUAUGUGAACUGACAAAUGGGUCAGUGUAGCUUAAAUAGAUGCUCAAAGUUUAGUUCCCACGCUUCGGCUGCUCAUGCUCUUCUCUCUGUGGGCUCUACGUCCGUCAGUGUUGUAGUCAGAGCCGACCACACAGAAGUCCAGUCACUUAAUCAUGAACAAAAUACAAGACAAGACUCUGACUGUAGUUCAGCGCAUACGAGAAAAUGUUGAUUUAAUGAAUAACACUCAUAUCCAAACAGGAUAUUCUAAUUUUAUCUUUAAAUUGACAGUUUUCAGCUGUGAUCCAGGAAGAAUAUCUGUAGAUUAACUUUGAUAGUGUUGUUUUCUCCUUAUUGUGUGAUAGCUAAAGUUUAUAUAAAGAACUGAGUUCACCUAAUGUCUAAAAUCUACCUCAAAUAAAUUCAGAGUACAACCUUUGAAUUUGAUGUUCCUUUUUUCUGUAAGUUUACCAAACAAAAGUGACCAGGGAAUGGAAAAAUUAGCGAAGCAUUAACAUGUGCCACAGUUUGACAUCUCAGUGAACAAUGUUUGCAGAACAUUAUUCAGUUGGUACGAGCAACAUUACAAGUCCUCUUCUCCUCUCUCCUCCAGCAUCAUAAAUGGCUUCGCCCUGCCUCUGAAGGCUGAACACAAGCAGUUCCUGGUUCGGGUUCUUAUCCCGCUGCACACGGCGAAGUCCCUUUCCAUCUUCCACGCACAGGUCAGUGACAUGUUGCCUUUGUGUAAUAACAUUUAAAAGUGAUGACUUGUAUGAAGUUGUGAUUGUGGUGGACAUACAUGAGACUCAUGUAUGAACCUAGAGGUCUCUAGGUGCAGUUCAGAUCUCAUGAUCAGGUAUGCAGUGAGUGCAUGUGGCUGAUGUAGACAAAAUGAGACAGCAUAAGUUUGUCCCUAAAAACAAAUCAGGCACUUACAGAUACUUUAAAUACUUACAGGCAAACUUUUAAUAGAAAGGGUGAUUCUGUUUCUGCAUACACAUCCAGGGGACUCAUGUUUACGUGGUCAAUCAAUCAAUCAAUCAAUCAAACUUUAUUUUUAAAGCACUUUUCAUACAUGGAAUGUAGCACAAAGUGCUGUCCAUUUGCGCAGAAUAUAAAAAAAAAUGAAAUUAAAUAAAUAGAAAUACAAAUACCUAAGCCCACCCACCCGCCCAACCCCCAUUCAACACAGACAGCACUCACACACUCACACACACACAGACAGAUGCAUACACAAAAGACCAGGUGAGGACUCUUCAACUUGCCACAGAUGACUGAGGAAACGCUAUCUUGAGUUAAAAAAGAUGAGGAAACACUGGAUCUUGGGCUAAAAUGUUAAAAUGAUGAUAAAAUACAAUAAAGGUGAUAAAACCCUAAAGGUUAAAUAAAUAUUACAGUCUUAAAAUCAAACAAUAAAAGAAAGUUAAUUAAAAAAAGUGGGUAAAAAACACAAAAUAAUUACUCUGGGACUAAAAUAGUGUAAAAUCACAUAAUUUCAGAUUAAAAGAUUAAAACAAAAUUUAACGAAAAGCCAGACUAAAAAAGUUGGUCUUUAGCUCACUUUUAAAAAUAUGAACAUUAGGUGUCACUCUUAGGUCUGCAGGUAGGAUGUUCCACAGAUGGGGACCGUAAUGUUGAAACAAUGAUUCACCAUAUAUUUCAGUUUUUACUUUGGGAACAAUUAAAAGACCACCACCUAAAGACCUGAGGGUUCUACUAAGCUCAUACAGUACAGCAAAUCAGAUAAAUAAGAAGGACCAAGACCAUUAAGAGCUUUAAAAACUAAUAAAAGAACCUUAAAUUCUACUCUGAAAGACACAGGUAACCAAUGCAGAGAUUUUAAAAUUGGUGUGAUGUGGUCUUUUGCACUAUAGAGCUGUUUCACCGUGUAUGUUUAGGUGAUUUUUGCCCGCUCUGAUGCUGUUUCCUCAUUUUUUGAACCAAUGUUUAUGAGCAUUUUCUGAACAAAUUUUCAAGCUGUGAUCAAAACAUUAUGAACAUCGACCUAACUUUGAAUAAUCUCAAGAUGUAAUAAAAGUAUGCAUAAAGAUACCCCAAGGUUUUGCAUUUUUUCUGCAGACUGGUCCUUUAUUGUCUCAUUUUUUAAAACGGUUUGUUAUAUCUGCAUGUAUUUAUAUUAAUAAAAAGACCACACUGUCCCCUUGGCUUUUCAAUGAUAGCAGCGUCCUGUAGUGUUUCUAACUCACCACUAGGGGGCAUAGUUAAGUCAUAAAUAUUUCUACAUAGGGGCUGGAUUCUCCUUUGAGCGUGUGUGGUUUCCUUAAUCUCUCAGUUUUUAUGUAUUAGUGUGUAAGUGUAUGUGUGUGUGUUUGGGUUACAACAAUAUUUGAUUACACACAUAGCAGCCACUCGUAUUGUGUAUUUGUGUGCGCCUGCAUUUUGAUUUACUGAUUAAGCAGAAGGUACACCUUUCUUUAUAAAUAGUACGUGGUUUGUGUGUGCAUGAGUUUGUGUGUUUGCGAGUGUGUAUUCUACGCUUUAGCAUCACUGCGCCCUACAUUUCUCCUCCCUGUCUUGCUCCCUGUGGUUCCUACACAUACAUUAUUCACACACUAAAACACACACUCAGUUUGACAGGGUCACGGGGGAUACACUGCUGGUGGACAGCAGUUUUGCGCUCAGUGGGCGUGGCUGCACAGGAGUGACCCAGUUCUGGAUCUACAUAUUAAAAUGGAAUACCACAACAGAACUUCUUAUACCAUGAGAUGAAUCACACUUCCUGUAACUUGCAAAGGAAUCCUCAUUCAUGUUUACGUCACCAGAUUGCAGUAACAGCUGUCAGAGCUAUAUUGUACUGCCACCAUCAUGGUUCUACAUCAUAGUAAUAAUGUAUAAUAUUGGAGCGCUUUUAUUUUCUCUGAGUAAUUUGAGAUUUAUUGAUUUUCCUGCAUUGAAACCCCCUCUUUAGAGUAUUCUUUAGGAUCAGUAUAUUUUUUUCUUUAACCAAUCUGACUGGUGCCUUAUAUAUAUGGAUUGACACUUAAGAUGUAGGAGCUGUAGGAGUCAAGCAGUUGGAAGUCUAUUUUUUUCAAUUACUUGGUCUCAUUUGUAUGUGACUGCUGAGAUAAUAGGGCCGCUCAUUUUAAGUUUGAAAAAAAGUUUGGUUGAUCAACCCAUGACAGGCAAACAGUGAAUGCUAGAUCCCACGUUUUUGAGAAGUUUGAGGAGUCGCUAGCUAUUAUUGAGUCAGCAGGUAGAGAUAUGAGAUAACUUAGUUAUGCUUAGUUAUGUUAUGCUUGCUAGCUUUCAAUUUGUAACCAGUGGUUUCUUGGAGUAACUAAAGUGUUGAAUAUUAAAGGAGGGAAAGAGGAUAGAUGGUUUGAUUUAUGGAUUUGAAGUAACAGGUUAAAAGUCGCUCUAUAUCAGUGGUCAUAAAUGAAUAUACAAAGCUAAGAUGCACUCAGGUAAGACAAUACCAUCAUAGACUGUGUGAUAUGCCUCCUCACUGGGUGAAGCCUCUGUGAGAACAACACCCCCUGGUGACUGGUUGCAGUAUAGUUCAUAGGCCCGCCUCCUCCAGCAAAAUAAAUAGAGCUGUGGACAAACUUUAAAAAUCAAAUGCAAGUCAUGUAAGGUUUUCUCAUCCCUGGUUGCGAUGUUGACAUGGAGUUAUUGUUAGACUGAACAAACAGGAAAUGACAUCAUAUUUUCUAUGAUUAACACUAGCAUACAGUCAAUGGGCGUACAAAGGUUGUGUUAGACAUCCAGGGGGGUACGCUGUUUGAGCAGAGUGUCAUCAAAGUGAGUCUCCCGCUGUAAACUACUGCACAAAUGCCAGUUUCAAGAAAUGAGGAAAAUUUCUGUAAAUACCGGGAGCAUUUGGCUAGUUGGAGUCAAGUCGUCCAAACUAUAUACAGUCUAUGGUUAACACACAGGUUAGCUCUUUCAUCAGUCUAAAAAGGCCAAAGCUGAGAAACUUCAGUUUGAUGUAAAUUCAUUUCAAUUUUUGUGAAAUUUCUGAUUCUUAAGAAUAAUGUAUCUCAAAAAAAUAACCAAAAGAACUAAAAUGCAGACAAUAACAAUCGGAGAGGCAAAAAGAUGACAUAAAAUACCUCAAAAUGACUCCAUCCCUAAAAGUAGACCCGAUUGUGACCUUUCAACUUUACAUUUUCAUAUUUGUAACUCUCAGCCUCAAAUGGACUACAGUGUCCAUAAUCCUUAUCUUGACAACAGCCUCCUACAGCCGCAAAGUCUGGUCUGACAACAGAAUCCAACUCUAUAUUUACCCCAAGCAGCUUCUCUGAUUCCUCACAAAUGCUUUAAAUAGUUAGACCCGUUGGCACCUUUGUACUAAUCCGCUCCUUUUUUACUACUUUUCGUUUAUUCAAGUGUACCAUCCCUAUUGUAGCCUAAGCUCCCACUUUCCCUGUGAUUCUGUAACCAUGUUGUGGUAUGAGUAAGAGACAGGACAGUUACGGAUGGAACAAAAGCAGAAAAAAAGGUGGGACAAAUGAAUGAAAAUUGAUUAGAUGAGGAAAAAGAUAAUAGCUGUGGAAGAUGUGAAAACCAGGCAGACAGAGAGACAGACAACGGAGUUUCAGAUCGGGACUAAGAACACAAAGAAAAAACAUCAAAACAAAUCGAACACACAUGAAGAGUUUGACAGUACACAACCUUUACUGUCUGCCAUGAUAAGAUUUGUUAAUCUGGCAUAGUUUUGUUUUGACGACACUUAAACUAGCUUAACUUGGAGUCAGAAAAAGACUUGUGGUGUAACAAUGUAAACAAAGAAAAGGUAUAGAACGGGACAAAAGAGCAAAGCCACAGAGGCAGAGACAAGAGGUCUAAACUCUAUCUCACAUUGCCUUGAGGGACUUCUCGUGUGUGACAUCACUCCUUCCGAAGUAAACACACGCACACACAGUCUCCGUCGCUACGGUGCCCACUUGCCACGGCAACUGCCCUGGUUGGAGAGGCAACCACAAAACACACACACAUGCAUCCAUGCACGUACGCACACAUGCGAAAUAACGUGGCAUGAUUGUAGAUCUUAAAAGGCGAGACAAGAGGUGAUGAAGAAGUCGACGCACACUCAAACCUAUGCACACACAUCUCUAACACACGUCUCCUUUUGGAAAACUUCUCUCCCCGAUCUUUAACUGUGUGUAAUCCUGAGGGAUAAGUGCUAAGAUCCCCUUUGUCUACUUGACAACUUCAGGGAGUGUGUGUGUAAUUUUUGGUUCAUCUAACCAUGUGUCUUCUGUCCUUUCAGCUGGCCUACUGUGUGGUGCAGUUUAUGGAAAAAGAUGCGACAGUGACUGAAUACGUAAGAGGGGUUUUUGGUUACUUUACAGUACUCACAAACUUGCAGAGACAUUUUACAACUGUCAUUUUUAUCAUAAUUUCUAUCAGUAUCAAAUCUACGUUGAACAUUGCCAAAAGUAGAUAACGUUAAAAUCCAAAGAACACAAUUAAGAUCCGAGCAGCUACAGAACCAGAUUGCCCUCAGAGGGAGGUGGAGACCAAAAACAGACAUUAAAGAAAGGCGAACAAUUGCUUUGCAUCAAAACACCACUGUUUAUAAUUAGUUUUGCAGGUUUGUAAGAGGGAAUUAUCAACUCUAUCUCCAGUUAUUGUAAAAAAGUGGAACUGAAAUAGUCCUGCACUGACAUUUGUGAAUUUGGAGACACUUCAAAUUGCCUGUGGUGUGCAGUUUUUGCGUCUGUAACACAGUUAGAUUGAAAAUGUUAGGCAGCUUCUGAGGCUUUGUCACCUGCUGUCUUCACCUGCAAUGUGUUUUUUGGGCUAAGAAUAGGGUCAAUAAAUUGGUUGUAAGGAUUUACUUUAUUUGUACAAAGACAUUAAAACUGAUUAAAAAAUGGAAGGUAAUAAAAACACUAAUAAAACUGUUCGUGUAUAUUUAUAUAUAUUUAUACUAAUUUACUUCUUAUCUUCUUUGUAGAUCAUCAGAGGGCUGCUCAAGUACUGGCCAAAAACCUGCACGCAGAAAGAGGUGAGGCUGCUCUCACUCAUCGCUGUUUUACCGUUUCUCAUUUUGUCUUAACUGUUUCGUGUUUUAAUCAUGAACGUAUGAUUUAUGUGCGUUGUUAUUUCUGUGAUCUCAGGUGAUGUUCCUCGGAGAGAUUGAGGAGAUCCUGGAUGUGAUCGAGCCGUCUCAGUUCAUCCGGGUCCAGGAGCCACUCUUCAAGCAGAUUGCAGCCUGCAUCUCCAGCCCUCACUUUCAGGUAACCCUGUACCUCUUUAUACUCAAACUAUUCUAGAAUGAGUGAAAAUAAUUAAUAUAUUCUGAAAUACAAAAAAAAAAUAGCUGCACACACUUAAAGAAAAUUAAUUGAAAAUUAACAUAUCUGUUUCUGUAUAUUUUUCAGGUAGCAGAGCGGGCUCUUUACUUCUGGAACAACGAAUACAUCCUCAGUCUGAUAGAGGAGAAUUGUCAAGUCAUCCUGCCGCUGGUUUUUGCCACCCUCUACAGAGUCUCGAAGGAGCACUGGAACCAGUGAGUUGCACAAAAACACUAGUUAACCCAACAUUAUUAAUGUGGUAUAAGAUUUUAUUCAUUUAGAAAAUUGUUUUAUGACUGCCUGGGUAGCAAAUUUCUGCUUGUGCCAAGGUUGACAAGGCUCCAUAUGGGAUUAAAGUAAUGUUCCUGUCACUAGACUAAGUUUUAAGCUGUAUCCAAAUGAGACUGAAGAACCUUUUGAUUAUUUCUAAACUGCACUUUAGUAUCUUAAAGAUGAGAUUUAGAUAUGAAGAGGCACAACUUCUAACACUGAACUAAAUGACCCACCAUUUGACUUGACAGUGGCUGCUAACCAAUGAAUGACCCGAGUGUGUUUAUUUAGGCAACGCAGUGUUUUCCAGUGUGCACAUUUUCUUUGACAUGCAUUUCCUGAUCCAUGAAGGAACGUCAAAGUUCAUUACCUUUUCGUUCUGCCCCUCCAGGACUAUCGUGUCCCUGAUCUACAACGUGCUGAAGACCUUCAUGGAGAUGAACAGCAAGUUGUUUGAUGACCUCACUGCCUCCUACAAAGUGGAGAAACAGAAGUGCGUAUGACUCACUGCCUUUUGUGUGUUUAUUGUGUCACUGGAUACGACAUUGACAAGAGGAAGUAAUAGAAGGUUCUUGAGUCAUGUUUCGACUUUAUUUGUUCCAUUAUCCAUGGCAUGACUUUUCAUGUCGUAGGGAUGUAUCGCUUAGGUCAUCCUUUGAACAUCACAUCAUCAUAAUUGCAGAGUUCAAACCUGAAGAGAGUGAAUUGAAAUUUAUGGAGCAUUAGGAUAGUUUUGCUUCUUUUCCAGAAGCGAAAUGACAGAUUUUCAAUAACAUCCGUCACAAUCGUGAGUUCACCAAGUUCUCCAUGAUGGUUGUAGUUAUACAUAUGAUUACAGACAUGCAUUGGUUUGACUCCAUGUUACUAUUGCAGCAUAAAAAAUACAGUUUCAUACUUUGUUAUUCUGAAAGAUAGCUGCCAUAGACAAUUCCUAAACAUGACCAUUUACUGUUUAUGUAUCAAUGUCCAUCUCUCAGAGUAAGAGUAAGAAAGUAGGACAUUAUGACGAUAAUCAUUUCUCAUGGAUAAAUUCAUAUUUACUUCUUUUCAGGAGCUCAAUCAUCCAGAGCAAAACCAGAGGAAGCUCCAUUUUUUAAGGGAGACUCAAGGAAUAAAUGGUAUAUGUAGAGGCAUCCUUGACUAAGAUACCGAACCCCAAAUUCUCAUGUUAUUUUCUUUCUUUAUUUUAGUGUGAGAAAGGAUCUAAAUAAUUUUUUUUAGAAUAAAAGUUGUAACUUAUUCCUGCUAUUAGAUAAAAAAGUGGUGUCAAAGGCCUCAAGACUUGACAUCCUCUCUGUCUACCCCUGCUUUUCCUGUAUUACCCUUGAUUCAUUCAAGAAAUAAAGGAUCAUGUGGAGAACAAGUCAGUUUAAUUUAACAGCAACAGAGCUAAUAUUGUUAAGACUAUGUAUGUAUAAACUUUGUUUUCCAGAACAGUGGAAAUCACACCUUCUUGUUUAAAAUUUAUAAGAUUUUCUGGAGGGUGAACUUAUCUAGAAAAGCCUCGACUAUGGAAAUAUGGGUAUGAGUGGUUAAAGCGUUCUUUGAUGGUUUUACUUUGGCACCCAACUCUAACAGAAGUUUGUGGUCUGUCUACUUAAGUUAAAACAAGAGACUAUAUUCUUUCUCUCCAGGGAGAUGAAGCGAGAGAGGGAGCGUGCUGAGCUCUGGCGAGGCCUUGAGGAGCACCAGGAGCGCCGCAUGCAGAUGCUCACAGAGGCUGCCAGGAACCAGCGCAACCUCCAGGAGCGAGGCGAGAGAGGGGAUCCGCCUACCCCUUCAUCCCCACAGACGGCUCACUCCGACCAACCCGAGCCCAAAUCCAGUGGGGCCUCUUCUUCUUCCUCUGGAGCGGGGGAGAGCGCCACCUAG